AUGCCUGCCUUGCUUCAAGUACUAAUUGUUGUCCAGCUGCUCUUGGGCUGCGCCCAGGCCAAUGAGUUUGGCUAUCAGCCCAGCGUCGAGGAGUUCGAUAGUUUGCUGCGCAACACGCAGCUGCGCAGCUGGACGCGCAAUUUGUUGGCCGGCCAACGACGCAACGGCGACGCUUACUUUGUGCCGCGCUAUCAACAGGAGCUGCCCAGCAAGGCGGGUCUGCAUUUUCAGCUCUUCAGCGACGACGACGAUGACCACAAUGACGACGACAACGAUGCAGCGCAUCAAGUGGAUCAGCAGCAGCAGCAGCAGCAGCAACACGAGCAGCAGCUGCCUUUUUAUUAUAAUCAGGCUGGCGCUGCUCAUGUGCAGAGUCCAGUGUUGCAUAUAAGCGACAGCAGCAGCAACCACAAUGCACAGACAGCUGACACAUCAGCAACAUCUUGGCAUAAGCCACUAGCAACAUCAGCUGAUGCAGCUUCAACUUUCUCAUCAGCAACAUCAGCAGCAGCAGUAGCAACAAAUUGGAAAAAAGCACCAAUUGCCACUAAGCCAGCAGCAGCAGCAGCAGCACCAGCAGCCAGUAUUACAACAGCAACAUCUUCCUUAGACAGCAACAGUUUUCCCAUCUACUUUAGCAAUCCCGCCACUGGUGUCAUCUAUGCCAUCAGCGAGGUUAAAACACCAGCAGCAACAUCGAUUUGGCAACCAGACGACAGCACCAACAACAACAACAACAACCACAACAACAACGAUAUUGCUAUCUACGUAAGCAAAGCUCAAUACGAUGCGGACUUGCGUGAAUUGCAGCAGCGCUACGAGCGGCAAUGCAGCAGCAGCAACAUCCCUAGACCAAUCAUCAGCAGCAGCAGCAACAUUCCUAGACCCAUCCCUAGACCAAUCAGCAGCAACGGCAACAGCAACCAAGGACCCAUUAGCAGCAGCAGCAACACAAAGCCACAGAUCAUACGCGUGCCGCCACCGACGAGAAAGCAAUCAGCAGUUCCCGCUGCCAGCAACAAGUUGCCAACGCCGCCAUUGAAAGUCUACAGCAACUUGGGCAACAUCACCAAGCUGAGCAAGCCGCCAAAGCCGAAGCGUGCCAAGCGCAAAAAGAAAAAGAAGCUGCCCAAGCGACGUCCAGGACACAGGCACAGCGAACAGUCGGCAGCUCCCAGCAUAGUGCUGGGCAAACGCAGCAACAGCAGCAGCAGCAGCAGCUCCAGCGGCACCACCCGCAGUCCGCUGCCCAAUCUGACGCAGCUGGAGAAGCCGCACAUGCCUGCGACUAGCGCCACAAUCUUCAGCGAGGAGCCGUUUGUGAGAAGUCAGGGCGUAUUGCAGUUGCCACGCCUACAGCGACAGCGACGCGCGCUGCCGACGCCAACAGCAGCAGCACGACCUGUAAGCAGCGGACGCAGACGUAGCGGCGGCGGCGGUCGACGACGCUCCAGCAACAAUGGGCGUGUGCCAAGGCGUGGCAAGAGUGCAGCGCCGCCGCCGCCAGUUGAUAGCAAAACGCCAUCUAGCGGCUACAAAGUGCCGCUUGCUGUGCACUUGCUGCAUCCAAAGCGAAAUCAAAGCCACGCAGCGCGUCGCAGAUCCGGCGAGGGCUUUGAUUUAUUUGAAUUUAUAGGCGGCGAGGAUGAGGAGGAGGAAGAUGCAGAAGAGUCUGCCUACUAUGAUGAGCCCGCUACGUCAGCAGCAAAGCCAGAGAACAGCAGCUCCUCCGCUGAGGAAGAAGCGGACUUUGGCGCCUUGGAGCCAAACAGCAGCACGAUCGCUGCUCCACUGAGCAGCACUGAAAAUGUGGAGCGCGAGCAACUGCCCAGCAAAAAGCGCAUACGACGACGUCCAGUGCGACGUCCUGAUCGUCAAAACGCUGCUGAGUACUAUGAUGAUGAUGAUGAUAUUGAUGUGGUGGAUGAAAGUGAGGAAGAGUAUAAGGAUGCGGACAACGAUAGCGACAGCGACAGCAUGUCGGACUCCAGCUUCGGUAACUUCUUUCGCAUGCUCUUCUAUCCCAUGCAGCUGGCCAUGACGCGUCUAUACGAUGGACUCACGGGGCAAAGUGAGGAGGAGCCGACGCUGCCGGACAAACCCAAGUAUCCCACCUAUACGCUUUACCAUAGUGCGCAUAGCAAUGAGGCGUUGCUUGCGGAGAAGCAGCAAACGGAAGAAGAUGAAGACGAUGACGACAGCAGUCUGAGCAGCUGGUUUAGCUCCUGGUUUGGUUUGCGACGUCGCAACAAACGAAUUGAUAGCAACGCUGUAGUGGCGCUGCCAACGCCAACGCCGACGCCAGAGCCAGAGCCCAGCUGGUUUGAGUCUUGGUUUGGUUUCGGCAAGACCACAGCAUCGACAGAAACCGAAGAGGAAGCAGAGGAGCAGGAUGAUUACGAUAAAUGGUUUGCUGGCUGGUUUGAGUCGACGCCCAAGCCCAAGUCACGACGUCGCAAAGCAACAACAACAACAACAACGACAAGUUCAACCACAAGCACCACCACAUUGGCUACACCACAGGUGCCCAUCCUAACCAUAGUGGAUCCCAUGCGUAAUCCACAGAACUGGAUUGGGAUACUAGCGCAUCAUAUAGUGAACAGCACAGCGAAUGGCGCCGCACAAAUUGCCACAAGCACCAUAAAUCCGCUGAAGCAGCUGGUGAGCCAAGCGCCAGCAGUGGCCACAGCGGAAGACAAACGCAUAAGCUAUGAUAAGUAUCAGAUAUGGCGACUGAAGCCGCAGGAUGAGCCGCAGGUGCGUGCGCUGGAGCAGUUCAAGAAAGGCGAGGAUGGCAACAAGCUGCAGUGGCUCAAAGGACCAAGUUUGCGCGGUUUGACUGAUGUGCUGGUGCCGCCCAAGAUGCUUGUGGAUUUUCAGGGCACUUUAAAUUUCGAGGGCAUUGCGCAUGAGGUGCUCAUUUUCGAUGUGGGCAAGGCUAUAGCCUAUGAGCGCAACAAGGAAGCGUAUAUGCUGACCACGCCCACUGCAGUGCGUCGUCGGCCUGUUAAGCAGCAAGCGGAAGUGGCGGCCACAAUGAGCUGGAAUAAAUAUCAUGAGCACGACGAUAUAUUAAAGUAUUUGGAAACGCUGCGUAUGCGGCAUGCGCAGCUGGUGGAGCUGAUACACAUUGGACGCUCCUACGAGGGCAGGCCGCUGCUGGUGGUAAAGAUUGAGUCCAAGCAGCUGGCGGCAGCGGCAAUUGCAGCCGCUGCCAGCAGCCACAAGCGGCUCAAGCACAAGCGUCGCUCCGGCCAGGCCAAUGCGGUGUUCAUUGAGGCGGGCGCACAGGCAAUGGCAUGGAUUGGACCUGCGUCGGCUACAUGGAUGAUAAGCGAGCUGGUGCGGCUUAUGCGCUCCAACAAAACCGAUGAGCAGCACGAGUUCAUACGCAACACCACCUGGUACAUUAUGCCUGUGCUCAAUCCGGAUGGUUAUGUCUAUAGCCAUGAGUACGAUCGGUUUUGGAAAAAGUCGCGCUCACAGCAUGCGGAGAAGCCACCCAGCGGACUGCUCGACUCGGCCAUGACCUGGCUGCAGCAGAAGCGCGCCAAUGCCAAGAACUGCUUUGGCGUUGAUCUCGAUCGCAAUUGGCUAUAUCAGUGGGGCAAGCGUGGCAGCUCCAAAACGCCCUGCAAUGAAUUCUAUGCAGGCCCAGCGCCCUUCUCCGAGCCCGAAACAAAAGCAGUAUCCGAAUUCCUCAUGGACUAUCGCACGCAAAUCAAGCUGUACAUAUCAUUGCAGGCCUAUGGUCAAGUGCUGUCGUAUCCAAUUAAGGCAAACUCUACAUUUAAUACUGAGCGUCUGGAUGACUUUCUGGAUGUCGCCAUGGUGGGCACCGAUGUGCUGCGCAAAAAGGGCAGCAAAACGCGUUACAAAGUUGACUCAGCCAACGAUUUGAUUGAACAGCGCUCAGGCUGCGCUGAUGCCUUUGCUGCCUACGAGAUUGGCAUACCCUUUAGCUAUACACUGCAAUUGGCAGACAAUGGAGUACAUGGCUAUUUGUUGCCCAGCAGCGCCAUAGAGUCGACAGCACGAGAUGCUUUUGAGAUAAUUGGCGGCAUGCUGGACUACAUUUGAAGUUCCUUUGCCAAUUGAAAUUAACUUUACGUUACUUAUGCAUACAAAGAUACUUUAAUAUAUUUAUUUCUUAAUUUUUUUUUUG